AUGCUUUAUCUCGACUUCAUCCGGCUGGAUAACAGAAAGUACGGCCAGAGUGUCUACAGCCUCGAGGGCUCCGGUCGGGGCAGAAAUCCGCACAUCCAGUACAAGACGCCCAAUCGAGCCACCGGCUUCGGUCUCCUAGAUGCCAUCAUGAGGCAGCUUCUCUCCACUGAGCACAUGAGCGUCCGCUCCCAGAUGCUUGCUGCCAACGUCUUGGGCAAGCUUGUAGGCGUAGACUGGCACUAUGGUGUCGGAUGGGUGGCGUCUCUUUCCAUACAUCACGACACAUCUCUUCACUGGUAUCACUGGCAGCACUAUGUUGGGGUUGGCCCUGAUCCCAGCGGCGGUGAAGUAACCGUCUCUCCUGCCCACGCCGCCUUCGAAUUCGAUCCAGAUGGAUGCUUUAUACGGAAGUGGAUGCCGGAGUUACGGGGCCUUACGGCACUGCCAAACCUAUUCCAAGUAGCUACGACUCCCCCAGAGCUUCUACAGCUGCUCGGGCUGUCGACAAGUGUCAUGCUGCCGCAGCCCUUCGCGAAGCACACAGCAGGCCUGCAACUUUGGCUCCUCCACCAAAGGGCCCUCGAGCUGAACGGGCUUCUGGAGCGACUCAAGCCGUACCUCGCAUGCGUCACGUCGCGCAAAUCCUUCAACACCCUAGAACGGUUCAGCGUCCUUCUGGCGUCGCUCAGGGGCCGCAUGGCUCUUCUCAGGCACCGCCGAAUGCUCCUCGCGGCCCCCGUGCGGAUUCUCGGCCAUCGAACGCUCAGUCAAAUGCUCCACCAAAUGCCCCAAGGGCUCCUCGUGCAGACUACCGGCCCUCCCAGCCUCCCCGAAACGCACCCCAGGCGCCUCGUGGACAACAUUGGCAGUAUCAGAUUCCCCAAGACGAUCCUCAGGCACACCAACGUGUUCAACGCUCCCCAGGCGGCUCCCAGGGCUCCUCGAGCCAUGCAGCAGACCCCUCCUACCACUCCCCAUUGGACUCCCCAAAUCACAGAGCCCUUUGUUGGAGCAACACAUCCUACCACCUAUCCAUACAGCCUCUAUACCAGCCCACCUUGCCCGACAUACUAUGGGCCAUACGCCUUCAGUCGCCCUGCGACCUAUCAAUAUAUGGAGGAAAUGCCCUACUAUCAAGUGCUACAGGACUAUUAUCAGUGGCACGCCUCGGGCCCCAGUGGUGGUGGUCCAUGGAAUGUCGCUCCUCCCGACAACGACGAAGUGAUGAGACACGGCAUGAUUCUUCGCUUCCUCGACAGCCUUCCUCCGCCUCCUACCAACCCCGAGUUUCCUCCCGACCCCCCUCAACUCUAUCACAGUACUCGCCGCCGCCGUAGGAACCGGACUCAGUCCUCUAGGGAAAGCGGUGCCACCGGCCAGACUGGCUCUACCGAAGGGACAACUGCUAUUACGCGCACUAUUGCGCCUACAGCUUCCGCAGAUGUCACGUCUCCCCAAGUCGCGCAAAGAAAGCCGUACAGACGUGGCGAGCGCGGUGAAUCUGGCAAGCACCGUCGCGCAGCCGAAAACAACACAGAUGGAUCUGAGCGAUCGGGCGAGCGUGGAGCAGCUGUUGAGGCUGUUGAGUUUGAUGGCGCUGCGGAAGCUGUUGAGAGCGCGAAUCUGGGCGACAUUGUCGAGACUUCUGCGAACGGCCAGGACGACAGAAAGGGCGAAGAGCGCGAUGAUGGCGAGGACGGUGAGAUUGACGAUGAGAUUGAAGACGACCGAGCCAGUUCCGCUACCUGCAUGUGGUAA